UGAUAGUUACUAGGAAGUUCCAUAAUAUGUGUAUAGUCUACGGUCGACGAAGAGCGCCUUUCUCGAUUCCUCGACCUGUCUGCCUUCUAACACCGACGAUCGAUACGCAGAUCUAGCUAGCGGCUACGCUCCAAGUAUGCUCAGCUCGUUCCGGCCGAUAUUUAUGGUCGUCGUUUACGUCGGCUGACAGCUGUCAAUCCUUCAUUCGGGUCGUCGGAGUGAGUCACCGGAUCGGCAGCCGAGAGCCUCCUCUUCAGGCUCUCUUCUCGACUUCUCUUCCUUCUCCCUUUUUCUCAGACGAGUCCUGAACGGUAGCCUAAAAUCUGAGCGCUAGGCUCCGCUAAAAAGGACUACGGGACGAUCAUCUCCACAGGUAUCGCACGUCACACAACCUACCCCUUUGUUCAGAUGUCCAGGUAUUUUUUCGACGUCACCGGCAUGGCGUCCAGCUCUGUCAGCCAGGAGGACUUCGAUAAUGACUUCGAGUUAACGUCCAGGAGAUCUAGGAUCAGGACCGCCAGGGCUAGAGUGGGUCCACCAAGGACAGGGGAUGCGUCUUCCAUAAGCUUUCAAAAGAGUACACCGGACGUGGAGGAGUCACAAGGCGCUUAUGACGCAAGUUCGAAUCCCGUGCUUCCACCCGAGCACGAAAACCCGCAGAGCAAACCGAUCAUCAGGAAGCAAGACAAACGCGUGACCGGCCGUGUCUUUAGUGUCGUAUCCUGUUUGCACAGGCCAACGCAUAUAAACAAGGGGAAGCAGCAACGUGAUCGACGGAAACUACGAGAAAAACGGCGUAGCACAGGAGUCGUGCAUUUACCGUCGACAGAGAGCACUGGUGGUAGUACGGGCGAGGAUGAGGAGGAACUUAGCGGCACUUGCCUCGAAACUAAGCACAACACGCAUCACAAUGAAUUUCUUGAUCAGGAAUUGAUCGAAGAACGGACCGCCAGAAUGUACACGCAAAGGCGAAACAAAAGGCACUACCGUACUUCAUACAGGUCAUGUAUAGUUAGGCACAGUUGUCACUCAGACUUGGAGGCCGACGACGAGGAAUUCGAUUCUCUCAAUCAGUCCGACAGCAUCAAUCAAUCGGAUCACGGUAAUCACGAACCGCAGACGUCUAUCAACGCGACCGGCAGGCCGAGAUUGCCGACACCAACAGGCGACAAUCCGCAUGAGCUGAUUGAACGGGCGCAAGAGGAGAAUAGGAGGCUGCUGUCUCUUUUAGAGGAUCGGGACCACAAAAUAAUGGCGCUCGAGGCGCGUCUCCUAAAGCAGCAGCACGAGAUGGCCGUGGAGCGCGAGCGGCUUCGUGAAGAGAACGCCACGCUGAUUCGCGCGAUGGCCGCCUUAGCCAGCAAUUGAAUUCCUUCUCCCGUUGCAAAAAUCAUACACGCUCUAUUGAUUCUACGCUCCUUACGAUAAUCGCCGAGCAGCUAACAGGAUGAGCCAUAAGUCGCGCAUCGCGUGUGUCUUUUCAAGCAAUGCGGUAUCUUCUUUUCGGCGAUUUUUUGCGCGCUCAAUUCUGAUUCUUCUGCUUUUGCGUUGUAUCUCGAUUGUUUCUCACUCGUUGAGUUGAUUUGCGGAGCGAACGACUGAAAAUCAUGCAUGUCGAUUAUCUUUAAUUAUAAUUACGUUGCUAUUAUUAAGCGGUGCGAAACGAAUCACGGACCGUCGCGUUUCUUUUUUUUUUCUCUUUCAUUUGAGAGCUCGCGAAAUUGAGAUUCCGAGGCAAAAGUUACGCUUCGCCCAUUGAACAUUUCAACAUCUUGUUAUUACUAUGUUUUUCUCUCAAUUUUGCACGAAGUAAAAAUCGUCAAGCGAUCCAAGAAUUGUCUGUCGAAAGUACAACCCCUUUUUGACAAAUUGUUUGUGUUUCUGUAAUAUAAACCGUAUGGUUUAUUUUAAUAUUUCUUUUCUAUCUUUUUCACAAGAUAUAAACAUUGUGGGGUAGUAUGAAGAUUUCUUUCCGUGUUGUAUCUCGUUACUUUCGGUGCAUACGUAUAGAAUAAAAGUUGUGCAUAGCGCUGCCACUUCGAUUUUUGUUUUUUCUAAAUAACGAAAGGCUAAAGACUUAAUAGAGUACGGACAAGCUAGUUUGUAAUUCGUGAGUCGAAAAAAUUUAAGUUAAAAAUAGCGCUAAGAAUCUAGAUAUUUAAUUCAAGAGAAUAAACCAAGAGAAGAUAUAUUCGUAUAGUGAUCUUCGUAAUUUUGAGUUUCUUAUAUCGUCUCUUUGAUGCAUGAUUUGUGGACCAUCCUAGGCAAUAAAAAAAAGGAGACAUACCUAAGUAGAGUAAACCUAACUUUAGCGCGUAUCGCAGAUUGAGUCAUUAAGAGUAAAAAAAUAGAUAUUUCUCUUGCAAAUAAAUCACAGUCAGUGCAGGUUACGGAGAAAGUGAACGUAAGCACGUUUUUGCAGGCUGCAAUCGCAACGUCACGAGACGAAAUACACUUUGUAAAAAGCAAUAAAGACCACUUUGUAAAGAGAGCAUUGUUAAGUCGAUAGAAUUUGAUCACUUGCUGAGCUUCGGUCGCAGACACACGCGCAUGUUAUCGAUACGUUUGUGCGUUACUAUCGCUGAUUAAUCGCCAUUUUUUCGUUAUUCAGCAAUAUCUUCUCUCAGUGCGGCAAUACGAUAUACACACGGGCAAACGCAAUGCAGAGAUAUAUAUGCAUGUAUAUAUUGAAACCUUGCAAGUGCCGAUAACGAUUUGAACGACUUAAUACAUUUUCUAUUGUAAUAUUGUAAGAAUGGAUGUUCUACGUAAGUUUUAUAUACUUGCAACACACGGUGAUGUAAGAUUAUGUGAGUUAUUUUAUUAUUAUUAUAUUACUAUUAUUGUUUUAUGAUUAUUAUUAUUAUUAUACGCGAGCCGUACGAAACUCUAUGUACAUAUGGACACGCAGACGAUUCUGUAAUGAUUAAUUAAAUGCAUUUCACUAGGAGACCUCCGCAGCAACUUACGUAACGCAACGCGCGGAACGAUGUAACGAGAGUAUGUAAAAUUGUUUAAAGAAAGAACUUUUAUCUCGCCAGCUA